GAAGAGGAAGAAAAGCGGUCUCUCGCUGGAGCCAGAUGAGAAAGAGGAAGAAAAGGCCCCACAGAAUGAGGAGGAAGAGGAAGUGGAUAAUAUAGAACAGGUGGAAAGAAACAGAGAAGAAGAAGAAAAAAAGAAAGAGGAUGCUCUUUGGGCCAGUUUCCUUAGUGAUGUGGGACAGAAACCCAGAGCGGUGGCUGCCACGCAAGUGACACAAGCUAAGAAGGCUGAAGAAGAAAAGAGCGGGAAGAAGCUUCAGGAGAAACCAAAAGAGUCUGAGAAGCCAAAAGAUUCAGGAAAAGUGACAAUCACCAAAGUGUUUGAUUUCGCUGGUGAGGAAGUCAGAGUGACUAAAGAAGUGGACUCGACCUCAAAAGAAGCUAAAUCUUUUCUGAAGCAGCAAGAGAAAUGGCAGUCGGCAGCUCCAGCUUCCCUCCCGACCGUCUCUGGGGUGAAGAGGCCAAGCGGUAUGAGCAGCCUCCUGGGGAAGAUUGGCUCCAAAAAGCAGAAGAUGAGCACACUGGAGAAAUCUAAACUGGACUGGGAGAACUUCAAGGAGGAGGAGGGGAUUGUGGAGGAGCUGGCAAUCCAUAACCGAGGAAAAGACGGCUACAUCGAGAGAAAAGCAUUCCUGGAGCGCGUGGAUCACAGGCAGUUUGAAAUCGAACGCGACAUCAGACUGAGCAGGAUGAAGCCCUGA